AUGUUCUUGAAAAGACUCUUCACACUUGGUCCCAGGAAUCUCCGCCUUCUUCGCAAUUCGGCAGUGCCCCGAUUUCAAUCGAUGAUGAUGACACGUUCUGUUUCUGGGACCUCCAGGCACCCACCCUUGAGAUCGUCCACAGGGCCGCCCUUGGCAUCGACCUCCUUACCUCCGAGUGCACGCGAGUUUCCUUCCGAGGGUUUUCAAGUCAUUGACCCAAAUGACAAAGUUGAAGAAGAACGGUUGCCAUUCUAUCACAGACAAAGUUACUAUCCUAUGCGGAUUGGCCAGAUCGUUCAAGAUCGCUUUCAAGUCAUCGCCAAGCUUGGUUUUGGAACUACUUCCACCGUCUGGCUGUCUCGUGACUUAAUCACGCAAGAGUACUGGGUUCUCAAGGUGUACAUUAACUCCCUCCAAAAUAUCCAGGAGCUCAAGGUCUAUCAGCAUCUAGAUGGCUUCAUACCUGACGAAAAUACAAUUGGAAAGCCAUUCGUCCGACAACUGCAGACUUCCUUCAAUCUCAGAGGCCCAUACGGCGACCAUCAGGUUUUCGUUAUGAAGCCUCUGGGUAUGAGCCUAAGAACCUUGCAAGAAUUCUACAUCCGAAAAGAUAAAAUGUUUGAAGAGAAUCUCGUUACUGGCGCCUUGGAUCAAGUAUUACUUGGUUUAGAUUACUUACACGAGGCUGGAGUGGUCCAUACAGACCUUCAUUCAGAUAACUUGCUGAUUGAUAUUACUGAUGACUCGGUUCUAUCUAAUAUCGAAGAACAGGAAGUUGCCGAGCCAUCAGCGCGUAAGCGUGAUACAGAUCGCUCUAUAUAUGUCUCUCGUUACAUGCUGGCAGGAGCUGGCUCCUUGGUUAACUCAGAUCUGGGCCAAGCACAUAUUGGGGAAGAGCAUCACGGUAAAGCAAUGCCUCUCCCUUACCGAGCGCCAGAGGUUAUCCUUGGUAUGCCAUGGGGUAACAAAGUGGAUUCUUGGAGUGUUGCGCUAUUGACCUGGGAUCUCCUUGAACGAAAGAGCCUCUUUACGGUUUAUGAUGCAAACUCUGAGGAGCAAAAUGAUGCACAUCAUCUGGCUGCAAUGACAGCCUUGCUUGGGCCACCACCGCAAGAGUUUCUUCAAUUGAGCAAGGAAACAAGCAAAUACUGGGACCAAAAAGGUGAAUGGCAUGGUCCGGUCCCACUGCCUCCCAAAACAUCUUUGAACACACUUGCCGAAACAUUAAAAGGCAGAGGCAAAGAGAAUUUCCUUGAUUUUAUGGAUUGCUUUCUCUGCUGGCUUCCUCAGGAUCGCCUCAAGGCGCAUCAGGGUUAUUUCCACCCUUGGCUCCGGGAGAAGAAUGGCGAAAGCAGUACUUUGGCUGGAUCUUAG